UGGGGAAUCAGUAUUUUUAAGUACCGCUCUAGUGUUGUGUAACGGUGGAGGUCAUUGUAGUGUACCCACUUCACUGUUUCUCUUUCGCGCAGGAAUUAUUUUGCAGCAUCGGCAUAUUCAAAGCGCCAGAAAAAUAGAAGGACUGACAACGCAAUACUGCUACCCGUGAACUGCUGAUUUGUUUAGAUUGUGUGCUAUUUAACCCACCGACCCUAUUCCGGAUAUUUAUCUGUUCAAAGGAACCCGGUUGUGCGCCGCCGAGCCAGGAUAAGCACGCGCAACAUUGUGAGGAAACCACUUCUGCACUGCCAUUCAUUGGUGGACCGCCUGCCGCCGUCUCGCUCGCUCGCGCACACGUGCCGGACGGUGACCGCUCAUCCCCUAACUUGCCACGCCCAGCUAAGAUGGCUCCUAAGAAGCACAGUGGGUUCAUGAUGUUCGUAACUGAGUGGCGGAACCGCAGCGCCGAGGGGCGCCGAAUGACCAUCCCGCAGGCUGUUGCGCACUGCGGCGGCAUCUGGGAGAAAAUGACCCCCCAGCAGCGAGGCCCAUACAACUCGGGCGCCAAGAACGCCGACGUGAUGGAACGCGCCAAGAGGGAUCGCCUCAACUGCCACGGCCAGGGAAUCGCCCAGGUCGACCAGGCCCAACAAGAGACCGCCGAUAGUAUAAUGCACAUGAAACGCACAACCGAGCGCAUCGUCAGGGAAGCCAAAAAGUCCCAUGAUCUGGAGAACGCCAAGUUCAUUUUCGCGGCCUUUAACUUCUUCACGAAAGCUCUCACCACUGACGUCUAUGUGCCUGCCGAGUUCGCUGCCUGCGAGUACUCGCUAAAGGAGGGAAUUCGGUCCAUUUACAGCACCAUGAUCGACCCCGGUCAGAUAAUCUUCGGGCAGAGCAGCGAUGCCCAACAGCACUCGGCGACGACACAUAACCUGCCGCUGCCACCCAACGCGUUAGGGGAACGAAAUAUGGCCAAGCUGCACCGCAAUAUCGUUGACUACCUAAAAAAGUGUCAGGGAGACAAGCCGCUAAUCGUCUUCACACACGUCGAUGAUAUUUCCAUGGUGAAGUCGUGCUUCCGCUACUUAGCCUGUGAGGACGAGGAUGAUGAAGUGGGACGCCAGAAAAUUGAGGUGUUCGAUAUUUUGUACUUGAUGUUCAUUCUGAAAAAGGAGGUCAUGGAUGUCGCCGACUUGCAUGAUGAGAAUGUUACUCAAUAUGUGACUGACGCAUUUUUCAAUAGGGAAUUCUUUGAAUUCACAUCUCAGAUCGCAUGUCAGUAUCACGAGGAGAACGACCGCAGCAAGUACUGUACCCAGAGUAUGGUGACCAGAUGGGCCUACACCUUUAGUGAUUUGAUGUGCGGGGACCUGGCCAUCACCGUUCAACCUGGAAAGCACAUACCCCCCAAAACAAACCCCAACUACCGCAUUAUAUACUCGGACGACUCCUCGCUUGCCCAGGAGUCCUCUUUCGACUCUUUUUACUCACUCCCAGACUCACGGGUCAAGAAAGAAAACCAAUCCCGAGACUUAUCGGUCUCUAGCAGCCGAGCUUGUGUCGCAUCCAGCUCCUAUGCGCCUACUGACCACACCGCUUUUACCGCCGAUUUAAAUGAAGCAGGUGCAUUUCCCAGCCUCGGCCGGCGCAUUCCCAGUGGACGCCGCCCUGCCGCAGACAAGGCUCCUACCCAACGCGAAAAGAACGCAGGGGCCUGGAAUUUACCGACGCACUCGCGCCCUCUUCAGAAGUUUUCCGACAGCGACUUCAGCAUAACCGGCUGUCAGAAAGAGUAAAACCUAGGUCAUAUUAUUUCUGAACUGAUUUGACAUAUUUUAUGCACAAAUGGCUUAACGAGAUUUUCCGUAUUUAUUUUGCAUUAUUCAACGUUUAAAAACAGAUUUCAUAAUUGUUUGAUAAACCUGUGAAUUUUAAAUUGCUCAUAAAACUUUCCUUAUUUUGCGGAGUCGACUUAAUUUGACCGUUAAAACUAUUUUGAAAUAAAAUAAUCUUACAGCAAUGUA